AUGCAUCUCGCAAAGAUUCGGCUGCCUCCUCCUCGCCCCGACAGGGGAACGUCGGGAGUGCGGGCAGUCCCCCUCUCGCGCUGCCGCUCUUCCUCGCAAAGAUGUCCUUCGUCACCUCAGUCUUCUCUUUGUGCUUCUUCACCUCAGUCUUCUCUGUGUGCUUCUUCUCCCCAGCUUCCUGUUCCUCUGUCUUCUUUCGCUGCUUCUCGUGUGCCUUCUGCCCCUCUCACGUUUUCUCCGUCGGCUACAACGUCACUUUUUUUCUGUCCUUCACAACAAAAACCAUCGACGGACGCCUUGCCCUCUUCUCUCUCUUCUUCUCUGUCUUCUUCUCUCUCUUCUUCUCUCUCUUGCUCUUUGUCUUUUUCUUUGUGUUGUCCGUAUUCUCGCCUUCCACGCCGUUUGCUCCGAUUCUCUUCCUCCCUUUCGUCUUCCUCAUCUCCUCAUCCGGUUUCUGUGCUUGAGGAAGAUGCCCUAGAGAGGGCGUCGAGCCGUUUCGAGGAGUCUUUUGAAGAAGUAGACGUUGGCCACGACGAGUACGGCGCCUUGUCGGAUUCUCCCUCCUCGUUUGUCUUUCGCGUGAAGCCGGGGACCUCGGCAAAAAGCGCGAGCGGCAACGCCCGAAUCAGUUUCUCACUCCUUGUUGUCUCGUCGCACGGUUCCUCUCAUGCGCGUGGCGUGUGCAGGCGAGCGGCAGGCUACUUCCUGCCUGCCGAGUCUUCAGAUCCGCUCGCGCCUUCGCUCUCGAAGGGCCUCGGGAGUUCGCCUCCUCCGCGGAAGAAACGCCCGUCGCGCUUUUCUCUCGCAGACCUCACGGUCGAUCAAGGACCGUACCAGAAGUCGUUGUGGGCGGAGCUGAAGGAGAAGGAAGAGGACCGGCAGCGGAACCGAGAAAUUCGGAAGGCGCGGGAGACCGCGCGCGUCUUGGGGCUUGGCGCCUCCGCGGCGCUCGCGCGGGAUCGCGGGCUCGAAGACGCGGAGGGCCUGAGGUCGAUGCGCGAAAGUGAAGAAGCCGCGAGAAGAAAGCGCGAGAAGGACGAGAAGAAGCAGAGCUACAGAGGAAUCAAGGAAGGGGACGCACGCGGAGACAGAGACGAGGCGCACGAAGCCGGAGCGGAACGAGGGGGGGAGGUGGAUGGCGCGCGCCGGGGCUCCAGACGAACAACGAGCAAUGUCUUGGACGUCGAGACUUCCUUUUCCCACGAAACGGUAAAACUCCUCAGAAACCAAGACGACGAGCGGCGCCUGAUGAGCAUCAUGAAGGAAGACGCGACAGCCGCUGCGAAAGCAUGCAGAGGAGACGCCAGAGACCAGUUUCGAUGGCUCGCGGAGCUCGAAGAACGCGACGGCGUGCGAGGCGGGAUCCAGGCCCUAGAAUCGGGGAGACGCGAAGAAGAGACAGCGGAUGGAGAAGAGAGGGAUGCGAGAGACGCGGACGAAGAUUCAGAGACGACGCAGCCGCGGGCGGAGGUCCGGCCGGUGGGGAGACGGCAACGCCGGAGAGGAGGCAGGCCGACGGAAGAGACAGGAGACAGCUCUGGGCGCGUCCUCGCCACUGAAAGCCAGUCCAGGCCUGUCGGGAAACAGCGGGAGAGGGCUGAAGACGAGCGAGCGAAAGACAUGCCGGAGCUGUCGAUUGGCAUCGGCCCCCGUGGCGACUCUCUCUCUUCACCCUACCAUCGCCCCUCUUCUUCUCCGCUUCGUCGGGAGCGUGCGUUGCGGGAGGGGGAGGAGAUCGACGCCUUCAGUCCGGUUCGCAUGGUUGAGGAGAUGACGAAAGUGAAGAAGGAGAUGUGGGCGGAGCUUUCUCCGCAGCAGCUGCAGACGCAGUUGGCGAUUGUGCGUGCGCGGUCGGUUGGUCAGAUUCUCCUGGCUCUCGAGAGCGCUGCUCAACAGACUCCCGAGCCUCCUGUCUCCGUCGCCUCAGGCGAAGACCAGCUGCUGAUUGACGAUCUCUCUUCUCCCUCGCCGUCGAUCUCCCCCGCUGUCUCCGUGUCGCUCGCGUCUGCGGCUUCGCUGUCUCCACAAGACCGCACCCCGUCUCUUCCUGUCUCCUUCUCGGCGGCGCUCGCGCCCUCGCCUCCGCCCUCCGCUUCCGGGUCCUCCGAGCCUUCUGUCUCCUCUGCCUUCGUCUCGACGCCUCACCCGGUGACCCUCGUCACAGCUUUCCACAAGUUGGGGCGGCUGGCGAGCCCCGCCCAGGCCCUAUCGGUGAAGAAGGACGAGCGUUUUCUCGCGCUUUGUGAGGCGACGGCAGCCGCGCUUCCCCACGUCUCCGUCGGCGGGAAGUGUCUCCUUUUGUGGGGUCUGAUUCGACUCGAGCACGCCCCCCGCUGGCUCCCGCAGCUCCUCCGACUCUGCGCCGCGGACGUGCCCCACAUGAGCGUCAAGCAAGUCGCCUGUUCGCUUUUCUGCGUCAGCAAACUCCCGUUUCCGGUCCGCGAAGGCGUCGCGCUGCAAGCGGCCCUCAUCCAGGCCCUCAAGGAAGGGCCCUACUUGACGCAGUGUCUCCCCAGCAGUCGGCCGUGGGUUCACGACGCUCUCGCCGCGCCAGAGGACGCAGCCGAGUCGCCCGCCGACCCAACGCGUCCCGCUCAAGAAGACGAAGAGGGGUUUGCCUCGCGCGUCGCGUGUCCGGGGACACUCGCAUGCAUCUGCAGCUCGCUGGCGCGCCUCAGAGUGAAGGACCAGGCGCUGUUUGUGCAGCUCGGCAACGCGGUGCGCCGCGCCGUCCCGGCGAUGUCCGGCGGCGAACUGGCGUUGGUGGGCUGGUCCUACGGCACUGUCGGGUUCGUCGAUCGGGGCCUUUUUCAAGACUUGAAACGCGAGCUCGAGACGCGCAUCGACGGCUGCGCGGCCCGAGAGAUCGUCACUCUCGCCUGGGCCUUUGCGCGCGCAGGCGAAACCGACCAAGAUUUCUUCCGCCUCACCAUCGCCCCCGCCGUACGCGCCUUCAUCGGGGACUUGCGGGCCAAAGACCUCAGUCUCCUCGCCUGGGCGUAUGGCGAAGUCGGCGCGGUCGACCAGGACUUCUUUGCGGAUCUGCACUACGCGAUGUUGCCGAAAGUGAAGCACUUCACGCCGCAUGACAUCAUGUUGGUGGUGCCGACCUUUGCACAGCUCGGGUUCGGCAGUCGGGAACUCUUGCGGGCGCUACAAAAGCAGACGGCGAAGCUCCUGCCGACCUUCUCGCCGCUCCAGCUGUCGCGGACGCUCUACGGCUUCGGCUUGGCCGCGACGCUCGUCUCGGAUGCGCGCUUCUUCGGGGAGUGCGCAGAUCUCGUCCAGAAACGCCUGCACACCUUCUACCCUCAGAACCUGGUUCACAUCCUCGUGGGGUUGUCCGAAGCCGAAUACCUGUCGCACCCCGUGGUCCCCCAACUCCUGGAUAGGAGCGCAAACGUCACGCCCGAACUGUUUGCAGAAGACUGCGUACAGCUCCUCUACAUCCUCGCCAAGCUGCCUCCAGAGCGCAGAGGGCCUGCCGCCCUCACGCCCCUCCUCCUGCAGCAGCUGAAGAACAAGGUGCGCGUCUUCUGGUCCCUAGACAGCCCGGCAGUCUGCGACCUUCUCGAAGCCGUCCACGCGCUUGGCGUGGCGGACGAACAACUCCUCCAUAUGACCAUGCGGCGGCUCGGACACCUGAUUGAAGCCUCGUCGAUCCGCGAGUUCCUCCGAACCUUCGGCUGCCUCGCCUCCCUCUCCUCAGCGAACCGACUGCUCCUCAGAACCCACAUACACCGCAGACAGAAAGUCCAAAAGGCGAUCAGCAACAAGCUCGCGAUGCUUGCCCGACACGCCGAAGGACGGGAGGGGGAAGGCGGCGCGCUCGGGGGAGCGACCGGGGAGACGGGCGCAAGAGCGAAGAAAGAUACCCAGUCCAGAAUCGUCAUCCUGCACGCGUGCGCGAAACUCGGGUUCCACGAUGAAAAUGUGGCACGAAUCCUGGACGACGUUCAGCAAGUCGUUGCAGCCGAAGGCCAGCUUCUCUCUCUGCCGGCUUUUGGCCACCUCGUCUGGGCUUUAGCAGAGACGAACGCAAAGAUCAGCUGGACGCGGGCGAUGCUGCGCUACGCUCUGCAUCGGCGCUACAGCGGUUCCGCAACGUCCGUGCUCCAGAUGGUCUCCGAGCGAGAAGCGUAUGCGAGACAGCACGGCCUGGACGGCUACGUCGGCGGCGAGUUGUUCCCCUCGGCAUGGGGGAGUCACGGAGGCGAGCGCGACGAGCGCGAAGACGAUGCAGAGGGCGAAGCAGACGCCGAGAGAGCCGAAGCGGAGAGGCGCGAAAAAGAUCUAGGCCAAGCUCUCCUGAAACUCGCGUUCGCUGCAGUCGUCUUGGGAGAAGAAGAAUUCCUCGUUCCUCUCCUAGAGGAAAUCGUCGAGCGCCUGCGAGGGGACCUCCCAGACGAAAUCCUGCAUGCGCAGCAAGUCUGCCUACACCUCCGCGAGUUCGCGGUGCCGCCGCCUCGCCUGUCUCCUGCCCUCGAGGACUGGAUGGAGACUGUCCUCGCCACGCCGCGAUACGACGUUUUCUUUGAGUCACCGCAAAAGUUCCGCCUCCUUGACCAAAAGCUCAGGGUCCGGGACUUCAACUACGACAAAUGGAUCGCCGAUCCCUUGAUCGAGAUGCGCAUCCCACACAAAAGCACGUUUGUCGUUUCAAACAUCUACCGCGUCAGUGCAGCCUUCCCGCUCGAGAGCCACCUCAUUGACGUCUUGACCUUUCAGGAUCUCCUUUGUCCCUCGAAUUGCCCCACCGGCACAGCUGAGUUACGGCAACGUCAGCUUUCGCUUCUCGGAUGGACAGUCCAUUCCGUGCAUUUGCGUUCUCUCUACAAUGCGCUGGCGGACCACAACCUUCGCUACUUGGUUGCGAGCAUUGCGUCGAGCUUCAGUGAGGAGGCGCGACAGUGGGUAACAUUUAGGGGAGGGCCGUCGCUAGACGGAGAGCGAAAGGGAGGCACGGAAGCGGACGAAGAAGGGAAACGGGUAUGGCAACGAGACGCGGCAGGGAACGGGCUGCAGCCCAACGACCGACUCCGAGACGAUGAGGCGGGGCAUCCCCAGAGCACCGAAUCGGAGUCUCCCUCAGAAGUCUUCGAUUUAGUCGACGACGAGGCAUGCACCGGCGGGCGCAGUGGACUGCGGGAUCCCUGGGGAGGCGUGAAGGCGUUGGGAGACCGUCGGGCUGUCGCGAAAGGAAUGCGGACAGCCGUGAGCCGUCGGGAAGUGAAGGACUUGGACAAAAAUCAAGACGGCUCCCGUCAAAAUGGGUCAGCAUCGAGCGAGGACGGGAGCGACGCACUGGAAGAGGCGUAUCAGCACGUCGUUUCUAAAGCGUAG